CCCGGACGUCGCGAUGAACAUCGUGGUGGAGUUCUUCGUGGUCACUUUUAAAGUGCUCUGGGCGUUCGUGCUGGCCGCGGCGCGCUGGCUGGUGCGGCCCAAGGAAAAGAGCGUGGCCGGCCAGGUGUGCCUCAUUACGGGCGCCGGCAGCGGCCUGGGCCGCCUCUUCGCGCUCGAGUUCGCCCGGCGCCGGGCCCUGCUGGUGCUCUGGGACAUCAACACUCAGAGCAACGAGGAGACGGCGGGCAUGGUGCGCCACAUCUACCGCGACCUGGAGGCGGCAGACGCCGCGGCGCUGCAAGCUGGGAAUGGUGAGGAAGAAAUUCUGCCCCACUGUAACUUGCAGGUUUUUACCUACACCUGUGAUGUGGGAAAGAGGGAGAAUGUCUACCUGACAGCGGAGAGGGUCCGCAAGGAGGUUGGCGAGGUCUCAGUCCUGGUCAAUAACGCUGGUGUGGUCUCUGGGCAUCACCUUCUGGAAUGUCCUGAUGAGCUCAUUGAGAGAACCAUGAUGGUCAAUUGCCACGCACACUUCUGGGUAAAUAUAAACAUCCUUGUUUUUAUUACUGGGCCCUAAUCAGCAAGAAGGUUGGGAAGGAGGGAGACUUCAGGACCAGCCUGAAAGCCACCUGCACUCUUUCACCACAAAGCUUACUUCCAAUUCACUCUUCCCCCCGGUGAAUUACAACGUAUGCCGGUUACUAUUAAAUCGUUGUUUUCUUUUUUUUCCCCUCCAAUUCAGUAUUUCUGGAGAGAGUAGAGGACUGAACAUUUUGAACUAGUUUGGAAGAUUGCCAUAAAAAUAACAAGAGGGAGCAUAAAACCCUGGGUUUGUUUAUUUUACUUUCUGUUGAGUUUGUAAAACUUUGGUUGUUCUUAUGAAUUCCUAAGUCAGAGUUUAGGCUUCCAAAUUACUGCUCAGCCACAUUUUAGAAAGUGCCAGAGAUUCUGAGAUCAGCAUUUGUGGUCCCAUGGGAGUGGUCAGGCCACCCUGGCAGUUGCUUACCAUCCAGCCUGUCCCCAGGGUCUGUGACAUUGUCCUGUUGGGGUAUAUCUCAGAACUUUCUCAGCUUAGAGGAUGCGUCUCUUUGGAGAACAGAAGUCACCCUGAUAGGACCACAGAGUCCCUAUGUAGAGGGCAGGGGUGUUGUGAGACCUGGCAAACCAGGGAAUGCACCAUAUCAGCUUCUAAUCAUCAGAGCUAUUACAUCAUCUAAAUAGAUGAGGUGGGGAGGCUUCUGCUCUGGGGGCAAAACUAAGCCUAGUUGUGCAACUGAGUUUAUCUUCAGUAAUGGUAGGUGUGAAGUUCUCCCCUAUAACUGUACACUCUUGACCCACUUUUUGCUUUUCUUCCCCCAUAGUAUUUCCCCUUUUCUUUUGUAGGCAGGUAGGAUCCAAUAAAGAAAGGGUAAGGAAAUAGGUUUGUUGUUUUUCUUUUUUUUUCUCUCCCAUAGGCGGCUUAGCCUUCUAACAGAACACAACAAAGAACUGUUUCUCCUAAAUAGGUCACAUUAAACCUCAUUAAUUUUUUAGCAACUGUUUUAAAAACUUAAUCUAGCCAUAGAAGUACUUACUCAAAUGUUGCUCCUUGAACAUUAAACCAUUUCUCUGCCCCUGGAAGAAGCUUAUUUUAAUGUUGUAUUUUUAAACGUGAGCUUUAUUUAAUUCAUUUCCAAAGCUCUAGAAAUGAACAUUUAAAUGACAUGAGCUAACUCAUAUCUAUGUUUUAAACGCAUAAGGAGGUCACCAAAUACAGUUUGGAGGGCUUUGAGUGUGCUUGUGUGUGUGUGCACCGGGGGUGGGGAACUGAAUGUAAGUCCUUGCUGCCGUGGGGUCCACAGGAACAGGUGGCAAGUGACAAAGGGGUGGAUCAGGUGAGUAAAAGGCAGCACAACAGAAUAAACUUGGCAAUACAGUAUAUCAAGAAUCUUGUGUGUUUAUAAUUCUGAGUAAAACAAACAGCCACCACUUGAAAUAAAAGGUGCACAUUGGGCUUCCCUGGUGGACACGGGUUCGUGCCUCGGUCCGGGAGGAUCCCACAUGCCGCGG